AUGGCACCACCGACAUUAACAAGUAUUGAGUUUCAGAAGAAGUACAUGCUGGCGCUGCAAGUCGAUGCCGCACAGUUCAUCCUCGACAUCCUUGCUGAGCACAGCGUAGGGGAGGAUGAGGUCAGCGAUUCGCUCGAACAUCUAGCAAAAGGAUGGAUGGCACAGGAAUACGAUUCCAACCUCGUUACGAAACCGCAGAUCCAGCGGGUAUACGAGCUCCUACAAGUCGAUUCGCGCGAAGUGGGUGGUGCUGGUGGUGCGGGGACCUAUGCCCUAGGAGAGGAGAACGAGCUGGACCCAUCGCAGCAUCUGGUAUUCGUUGACGCUUUCGACAUGCCUAGAUGGAUGUACAGCGUCGAGCGACAUACGUUCGAGAAGUCAUCAACACCCCCAAACAUUGCCGGUAGUCCUGCGUCUAGAACGGCAUUCCUGCGAGACCGGUACCACGUCAUCAAACAGGUUGUACUACGAAACGAGCAUUUCACCCCUGCCGUGGUGCCCGGGCUGAGUCAAGGAGAUACCAACAAGCUGACGUCUACCAAAAACCUCCUCGGUUGCGCGGGGGAGACGUUUAUGCUCCUUGGCAUGCUUGCCCACGAACCUGAUGGCAAGCUCUGCCUGGAAGAUGUGGAUGGGAAGGUGCUGCUGGACAUGUCCCAAGCGGCGUCAUGUCAGGGGCUCAUCACGGAAGGCUGUUUCGUGUUAGUGGAGGGAGAGUAUACGGAUGAGGAUACGUUGAAGGUUUGGCAGAUCGGUCAUCCACCGAGCGAGAGAAGAGGUGCCUCAAGGUCAAUAUUCGGCCAUAUAGAUUUCUUGGGCAAAGGCGCCACAACUCCCGCAGAAGACGAGGAAUAUGCUCGCCGGAUACAAGACUUCCCACACGUCUCGUUCGUCGUCAUCUCCGAUCUCUGGCUCGAUCAUCCUAAGACUCUCAUUGGAUUACGAUCAGUGCUGGAUAGGUGUGUCGAAACGGGGUUUACACCGUUCUUGUUCGUCUUUUGUGGAAGCUUCACCAGCAGGGGGAUCGGGAGCGGUGGGGCAGGAAUCGAGCAGUACACAGACAACUUCUCUGCCCUUGGCGACCUGCUCGCCUCCUAUAGAGAGAUCUCCGCUGUUUCCCAUUUCCUCUUCGUCCCCGGCCCGCUGGACCCAUGGGGCAGCACCACCCUCCCCCGACCAGCAAUUCCCGAGCCCUUCGUCGCUCGACUGAAAGCCCGACUGCCCCGCGCGGUCUUUCUCUCCAACCCGUGUCGCGUCAAGUUCUUCGGCCAGGAGAUCGUCAUCUUCCGAGAGGACCUCAUGGCGAGAGUACUGAGGAAUCUAGUCGGGGUCAAACAGGAGAUCGAGGCGACUGAGUUGAAGCGAAAUUUGGUUCAAAUGGUCAUUGAUCAAGAGCAUCUGUCUCCUCUGCCUCUGACUGUGCAACCCAUUCUGUGGGAAUUCGACCAUGCGCUGCGAUUAUAUCCUAGCCCUACUGCGCUCAUUCUUGCUGACAAGUACGAGCGAUACGAGGAGACGUAUGAAGGAUGUCAUGUCUUCAAUCCAGGCAGCUUUAUUGGCAACAGCUUCGGGUUCUCCACCUACUUCCCCCACACAAGACGAUCUGAAGAAUCGAUGAUGGAUGAUGUCGUAAAUGGGCGAUAA